AUGGCAACCAGAUUGCAAUUUGAGAACAACUGUGAAGUGGGAGUUUUUUCCAAGUUAACCAAUGCAUAUUGUUUGGUCGCAAUUGGGGGUUCUGAGAGCUUUUACAGUACCUUUGAGGCUGAGUUGGCAGAUGUUAUUCCGGUGGUCAAAACCUCAAUUGGUGGCACUAGAAUUAUUGGACGCCUAUGUGCUGGAAAUAAGAAUGGGCUACUCUUGCCUCACACUACUACCGAUCAAGAACUCCAACACUUGAGGAACAGUCUACCAGAUUCAGUUGUUGUUCAGCGCAUUGAGGAGAGAUUAUCUGCUCUGGGGAACUGCAUUUCAUGCAAUGAUCACGUUGCUCUUACACACCCUGAUCUUGACAGGGAAACUGAGGAGAUGAUUGCAGAUGUUCUUGGUGUAGAGGUUUUCAGACAGACAAUUGCUGGUAAUAUACUUGUGGGCAGUUAUUGUGCAUUUUCUAACAGAGGUGGCUUGGUCCAUCCUCAUACAUCUAUUGAGGACUUGGAUGAACUGUCGACCCUUCUUCAGGUUCCUUUGGUAGCUGGGACUGUGAAUCGUGGUAGUGAAGUGAUAGCUUCUGGCUUGACAGUCAAUGACUGGACGGCAUUUUGUGGAUCAGACACAACAGCAACAGAAUUAUCUGUUAUUGAGAGCGUCUUCAAGUUGAGAGAAGCUCAACCUAGUGCUCUCGUUGAUGAGAUGAGAAAAUCAUUGAUUGACACCUAUGUUUGA